GCUUGGAAACAGUAGUUUUAAAUUUACCGCUUAUCUGUGACGUCACACUUUGACAAUUUUGAUUGGUCGCGUGCGCAAGAGCAUACCCUUGUCUUUAUACCAUGUGCGUAUGGAGCUCUCCGGGGAAAACUGGCAGCUCUGCUUACAUGUGGUUUACGAUUGUGUACGACACAUCACGACACAUCACGACACAUGUGUCUUGCUGUUGCAUCUCAAAUCAGGCAUCACUGAUCGUCAAUACUUUGUGAAUUUCCUUCUACAAAAUAGUUGCUAAUACAGCAAAGAGAGAAGUGAGAAUAUCGUAUUGAAUAACAGUUUUCAUAAUUGUCGGUUUAGGAAAGAUUAAAACCGAACGUCACGAGACAAAUGUCUGAAAAAUUAGGAGGUAUUGCUACUUUUACCAAAGAGGAAUAUGACAAUUGUCAAAAAUCUCUCUUGUCAAGGAAGGAGUGGCCUGGUCUCAAUAUUAAUGCUGCCUCAAAAGUGACAUUAAAUAUACCAAUGCUCAUUAUGGAAUUACAUCGAUUAGUACCUUAUAAGGAAGGGCGCUACGUACAGUUUCACCCAUUCAAUAUGCCAUAUAUCAAGAUACGUAAGAUUGAAGUAGUUGGAAUCGUUACAAAAGUCAAGCGUAAUGUCAACAAUUUGUUUCUGACAAUUGAAGAUGGAACAGGAGUAAUUCAGAUCAAUUAUAAACUGGAGCAAUAUAUGUCUCUAUUAGAACAACGUAAGGAGAUUGAUGAGAAGUAUAGAAACCAAGCUGGAAAUUUAAAGAGAAGUGAAACAGAAGUUAAAAAUUGUCCAAAGAAGUUUCCUAAAACACGUCCAGAAUUCACUUAUCCAUCUAAUUCGCGUCUGCAAGAUAUAGCUGUCUUGGAGAAUAAAUGGUGGUUGGAGACAAACGGUGGCUUAUUAGGUAAAGAAAUUGAACCCUUUGAUUAUGUAUAUGUCAUUGGAUAUCCCUGUCUUGACGUAAGAUUCCAAAAGAUACCAGAACAAAUUACAACAGAAUUUAUUGAGCAUGCAAGAUUAACUGUGUUUGCGUUAUCUGUCACAUGUCUCUCAGAAGAGGCAUACAACAAAAAGUUAUCAACAUGGAUAAGCACCACUAUUCGCCAAAGAUAUCAAGAGCUAGAGAAGAAGUAAAUAAUGUUGAAAUGCUGUAAAAAAAAGUUAUGUAUUGAAAAAUUGUCAUAAUAUAUUUUUGUUACAUUAUACGA